AUGAUUUUGAUGGCCUGGCUGCUGGCUAUGAACAUGGCUGUCCCAGCAUGUGGCCAUGCAGAUGAUGAGACACAUUGUUUCAUGCAGGUUCAUGCACGAGAAACGAUCUCGAUGGAGCACCCGAUUGCUGCAAUGCACAGUGAUUGGAGUGUGCUGCCGUCUACCCGGAUUGCUGCAUUUGUUCAAUCAGCUGUACUUCGAGGUCAAGUGCCGGUUGGCCACCGCAUCAUGUUUACGGGCAGCGUGAUACUCACCGUCGUCGUAGUAGCUGCUUGGAUCAUGUUGCUGCACCAGAGCUCAGCCAAGCCGGGACAAUUCAGCUCAGGAAUCCUGUCGUCAAAGGCAUCCAGCACUGCAUCUCCUGAGAUGGCAACCUGA